GUGCUUUCACCGUUGGAUGUUGGCGUAUCAUAGCAACCAAUUUAAACAAGAGUGUAAUGGAAAAGAUGGCGACGCAGCGAGAGAAGGAAGCCGACGAUUAUCUUAAGAAACACAAAAUUCUCGAGCUCAUGGAAAACCUGACCAGCAUGCUCUUCUUUCACAGACCUGAGAAUCCUAGAGAGUUUCUUGUUGAGCAGCUGGAGCAGCUGAAGAUGUCUCAGCAGAGUGGUGUGAGAGGGCCAAGUCUGUUUAACAACUCCAACCUGGACACAGCCUUUGGGAUACUUGACCCGACUAAUCAAAAAUACAUCACUUUUGCACAAUACAAGCAGGCUCUGACCACACUGGGCAUAAAAGACAUUAAUGAAUGUCCUGAGGGUGUAAAUGAAGACAGGAUAUCCCAUGAGACGUUCAAAACAGAAGCGGUUCAAGGCCUCCAGAGAUGCUCAGCAACAUAUAAACAACCUUGAAUUUAUGUUUGAUGUUUUCUUCCAUUCAGCUGAUAUGUUAUUUAUUCCAUGAUAAAAUUUGCUGAUAUGCUUUCUUUCUGUGGAGCUGUGUUUUGUAAAAUGAGCACAUUUUUAUAGGAUUUUUGCUAAUAAACUGCUCAUUUUCAUCUGUUUCCUGA